AUUCUCAUAUAACGGCGCAAUGAUAUCAUCCUCUUCCGCCGAAAUCGUCAAGAUGACGUCGAAAAGGCGUAAUAACGGACGUAGUAAGAAGGGUCGUGGUCACACGAAGCAUGUCCGCUGUACAAACUGUGCCAGAUGUGUCCCCAAGGAUAAGGCCAUCAAGAAAUUUGUGAUCAGGAAUAUCGUGGAGGCUGCUGCCGUCCGUGACAUCUCCGACGCCAGUGUAUACGAUGUGUACGCCCUCCCCAAGCUGUAUGCUAAGCUACUGUACUGUGUGUCAUGUGCCAUCCACUCCAAGGUGGUGAGGAACAGAUCCCGUGAGGCACGCAAAGACAGGACCCCCCCACUCCGCUUCAGGCCCAUGAGGGAUGGGAAUGCCCCGAGGCCAGGUGGAGCCGCUGGAGGUGGCGGCGGCGCUGGUGGAGGCGGUGGUGGCGGCGGCGGAGGCGGCGGCGGUGGUGGUGGUGGCGGCGGCGGCGCCCCAGCUGGACCACGUUAAACGUUCUUUGUACAGCUUACAAAUAAACCCUUGACAGUGGAA